GGUGACAAAAAUUGCGGUCCCUAAUCUAAUUACCCUAGUCAGAGACAGUAUCCCGAGCCCCGAAGUCUGACCAGGAACGUCAAAGGGGCCUAGCGCUAACGUACUCGAACACAUCUCAUUGGACCAAGCCAGCAUGUAGGGAUCCCUAAGUAACCCACAGACACUAAGAUCUUACGAGAGGUCAAAGCAUCAUGUCCUACCUUAUAUAAAUUCCGUCGUGUGCCGAAAUGUACUGGCGACCAGUAAACCCCGUUUCCCCUAUCUCCUCAACUAUGAAUUGGAUAUUGUAGCAAUGGCUCUCUUCCAACUGCCCUCGGUCUUUGUAAUGUUACAAGUACCUCUUCUCUACUUGAUCAAUAUCCUUGCCCUUGCGGUCAGACCCGAACGUCAACUCCUCCGCGUCUCUAUCAGUCUACCUCUUGUCCUCCUACUCGCGGCUCAAUCUCUGUAUAGAGAUUGGGGAGAUGCAGGCUGGGGAUACAACUUCGCAAUCAAUUGCGGGGUGUGCACUCGUGUAUUCACCUACGUUGACUGGGUUCUACUACGGAGUCCUGACAAAGAAGGGUGGUACAAGAUACAGUAUGGAAACGACAAGAAGAACGACGAUGCGAAAAGGCUAGACUACGAAGACGUACCCGGCGGUGCAGGGAGAAGUUUCUGGAGCAGAGCAUGGUGGGCAAUUCGUCUCUCGACAUCGAACCGUUACACAGGGUGGAGCAACCAAGUCAAGAACGUGUGCAUGGAGGUACCUGCCAACUACCCCCGUCUUAACUUUAUCGCCCGGAAACUCAUGCGCGGCCUCAUCUUCUUCAUCUUAAAAGACAUCCUCGUCUGUCACUCCGCCGCAUCCCCACACGGCUCCUGGAUCGAUAUUCGCACGCAGAAACCGCAUCAGCCCUUUACUCUGGACACACCCUUUCUCACUCGCUUCUACUACACUUGGCUCCACAUCCUGCUUACCUUUACCACCAUGGAGUUCUACAACAUCGCUUACGGUAUUGUAUCCGUAGCCACCGGUCUCGCCAACCCGCGAGACUGUCCCUCCAUGUUUGGAAGAUUCCGCGAUUUGUACAGUGUACGCAGUACGUGGUCUGCGGUGUGGCAUCAACAGUGCCGUCGUGUUUGCUCUCCGGUUAGUGUCUGGUUAGCGAGAGAUGUGCUGGGUUUGCGCAAGGGGUCUUUUGCGUCCAAGUAUGUUCAGCUUUUCGUGGCGUUUGGUAUUUCGGGCUUGGUACAUGGGGUAGCGAGUAUGUUGGUGAAUCGCGAGUUUGAUGAUGAUGGUGCGAUCAAGUGCUUUUUGUUGCAGGCGGUGGUUAUUAUGGUGGAGGAUCAUGUUGUUGACUUGGGGAAGGCGAUGGGGCUCAGGGAUGGUGCAUUUUGGCGUGUGGUGGGCUUUUUGUGGAUGGUGGGUGCGCUGGGGUGGAGCCUUGAGCCGUGGGUUGGUAGGAAUAUUGCGAGAGGUGUUUGGGUGCAGAGUAGGGAGUUGGAUUUGUUUGGUAUUGGGCCUGUGGUAGUCGCGUAGACGUUCUUUCUUGAGUCUUCAAUGGAAGAUCUGAGAAGCUAUCGACGUUUCAGCGCAGACUGUACCUUUUCACUGGCUUGUCGCUCGCGAGGGCUUCGCCAUGCAUAUAACCGUGGAUAUAAACGUCUCCAACAUAACGAUACUCAUUGCUUUUACCCUCCGCGCGGAGUAUGAUGGGCGUUGAACAACCAAAUGGCACGACGACGAUGUCUUCGCGGCUCAUGAAACCUGUCCCCAUACCCAUCAAGCCGUCUCUCGUGAUGCAAAAUGUUCUACCCAUCUGUGGUUGAGACAUGGCAUUAGCAUAGACGAUGAGAUUGAAGGACUCCACUUACCAUUCUAUCACCAAAAUGCUUCU